UACGCCAAUUGGACACCACAUACCGCUGAUAAGAAACGAAACCGAAUCCAAUCCCAAUCCAUAACUAAAUCGAAGAUGAAGGAUCUCUUCUGGCACUUGGUGGGCAUAGCCACCGGGUUAAAGAUCCUUCUGAUUCCUGCCUACCAUUCUACAGACUUUGAGGUUCAUCGCAACUGGCUGGCCAUCACCAAUAGUUUGCCAUUAGAUCGCUGGUAUGUGGAGGCCACUAGUGAAUGGACACUGGACUACCCGCCGUUCUUCGCUUACUUUGAGUGGCUGCUGUCGCAGGUGGCCAAGUACGUGGAUCCAGGGAUGGUGGAUGUACAAAACCUCAACUACGAGUCCAAGGGUACCAUCUACUUCCAGAGACUCUCGGUGAUUAUCACAGAUCUGGUCUAUGUGCUUGGCGUGCGCAGUUGCCUGGGAUCACUGGGCUUGGCGAGAGACACGCAGCAGCACUUUGCCGGCUCCAUGUUGUUGCUGCUCAACGUGGGACUACUCUUUGUGGACCACAUCCACUUCCAGUACAACGGCUUCCUUUUCGGCAUACUGCUCUUGAGCAUAGGAUCUCUCAUCCGUCACCGUUACCUUUGGAGCGCCUUUGCCUUUGCCGUGCUUCUCAACUUCAAGCAUAUAUUUUUGUACAUGGCUCCCGCCUUUGGGGUCUACCUGCUGAGAUUCUACUGCUUGGAACAGACUAGUGUGGUGUCCACAGUAGCUGCCUUUAUCAAGUUGCUUGCUGUGGGACUCACUCCGUUCGCCGUGUCCUUUGGACCCUUCUGGCAGCAAUUACCGCAGGUCCUUUCCCGCCUAUUUCCAUUUAAGCGGGGAUUGACGCACGCCUACUGGGCCCCCAACUUUUGGGCCCUUUACAACACCGCGGACAAGGUAGCCGCUGGAGUUUUAAGAGUACAGGAUGCCGGUUCGUCAACCACGUCAGGAUUAGUUCAAGAAGUCAGGCACUCGGUGCUGCCAGCCAUCACACCACCCAUAACAUUCGCUUUAACAGCUCUUUUUAUGAUUCCCAUUUUGGUGAAGCUCUUUCGGAGUCCCAAGAAUCAAAGUCCCCUGGUAUUCCUGCGAGCCGUGGUUUUGUGCGGCUGUUCCUCCUUUGUGUUUGGGUGGCAUGUCCACGAAAAGGCCAUACUAAUGGUGCUCAUUCCUCUUUGUCUGUUGACCCUUGUGAACCGGGAGGAUGCCAGAUACGCGUACAUCCUCGGAGUGGCCGGCUACUUCUCUCUUUUCCCGCUACUCUUUGACGCGGAACUAUACAUUCCCCGGUAUUCCCUGUAUAUGUCGUACGUGGCAAUGCUUUACGGCCAAUUGUAUCGCAUCUUUCCCGGCUUCCGAGGAUUCCACGCCCUGGAGUGGCUCUAUAUGCUAGGUUUUUUGGCUAUUCCAUUUUACGAGCAUCUGCUUUCAUUCCUGCUGCACUUGGACAAACGUUUUCCCUUCCUGCCUUUGCUGCUGACCUCUGUGUACUCGGCAUUGGGAGUACUCUACUUCUUUGGGGCUUACUAUCUGUACGCCCUCGGCUACAGCUGGGGAAAGGUGGCCAUCGCAUCCUCAUCUUCCACGUCCGCUGUUAAGAGAAAACGAAAAACCAAAUAAAAGGAGCAGUAGAAUGGGCUUCAGCAGAAA